AUGGAAUCAAAUCCUGGUGAUAUUCAUGUCAAAGAAGAGGCUCAGCUGCGAUCAUCGCAGCAACAAGUGACUAACAACGGUAAUAUUUCAUUUGACGCAAUAGGAGGGCCGAUAGUCCCUGCACAACUUUCGGCCAUUCAUCAUCACGAAGGGAAGAAAUCUGGUACAGACUUCGUUAAAAAGCUCUUUCAAAUGCUCGAAGAAAACACCUUUGGAGAGAUAGUACGGUGGUCAGAUACAGGAAAUUCGUUCAUCAUUACAGAUACAAAUGAAUUCACUAAGAAGGUGCUCCCCAGUUACUUCAAGCACAGCAACUUUGCCAGUUUUGUUAGGCAGUUAAACAAAUAUGAUUUCCACAAAGUGAAGCUUUCUCAUGAUAUUAAGCAGCGAUAUAAGCUGGAGAAUAUAUGGGAGUUUAAACAUCCCGAAUUCUCUGAGCAUAAUCGGUCUGCUCUUGACAGCAUCAAAAGGAAAGCCCCUGCAAAGAGAGAUGCCGAGGGAAGCCUUGUGAUGACUUCUCCGACAAAUUUUGUGUCAAUUAAUCAGUUUAGAACGCUGCAAGAUCGUAUGGACUUCCUUGAAAGAGACAACCAGCAGUUGCACGUGGAGGUCCAGAAGUUGCAUGGCGAUCUGGCGUCUCUCCAUGGCAAGUAUAACAGUCUGGUAACGACAUUACUCACCUCAAGGACUGUGAACGAGUCGUUUUCCAGCGCCAUUUCUAUUUUGGCAAAGUCUCUGUCUCAGAUAGGCGUUGACAUUCCUCGUAUCGAUCUUCCUUUUGCUCCCCUUUCACAGUCACAGGCAAGAUCUCCCAUCUCGGCGUCUCCUAUUAUCGCCAGCUCGAACAAUUCUGGUAACAUCAGUCCUCGACAGGUCUCACAGGUCCCACAGGUUCCACGGGUGCCACGUGUGCGGCUACCACAUGUCCAGCAGGUACCACAUGUCCCGCAGGUACCACAUGUCCCGCAGGUACCACAGGUACCGCAGGUCUCACAGGUCUCACAGGUCUCACAGGUCUCACAGGUCUCACAAGUCUCACAAGUCACACAGAUAUCUCAAAUUGCACUACAGCAACAACCGGGAUCAAGACUUCAGCCUAGCUUGAUCGCAGGUACAACCCCAGGCCAGGCUAUGACUACUUUAUCUCCUCAAAAACGGCAGGAAAGAAUUCUUGCCCGUCCAAAAGGAUCGACAUUACACGUUUUAUUGGUAGAAGAUGAUGAUGUUUGCGUUCAGUUAUGCAAAAAGUUCCUCAUGAAGUAUGGAUGUACGGUAGUUGUGGUGAAGGAUGGAUUGGCUGCAAUCAGUGCGGUCGAAAAGGUGAAGUUUGACCUUGUGUUGAUGGAUAUAGUUAUGCCCAACUUAGAUGGAGCUUCUGCCACCUCUGUUAUACGUUCGUUCGAUAGUGACACACCAAUUAUCGCCAUGACCGGCAACUAUCAAAAAGAGGACCUAAUGACAUAUUUGGCGCAUGGAAUGACGGACAUCUUGGCGAAACCGUUUACAAAACUUGAUCUAUAUAUGAUUCUUGAAAAGCAUCAGAUGGGGAAUAACUUUAAGAGGCCAAGCCAUGACUCUGAUGUGCUUUUAUCAGGAGGAACUGUGAAAAUGUCUACUAGUGGAGAAACAUCUGGGGCCAGUACAGGUCCUAGUGGAGAUGUUACUUCUACGCGGCAGGAUUCUAACGCUACAACGGCUCCUCCGCCUGGUGUGAUUGUGGAUUCACCUACCACGGCGGAAUUGAUGUCUGCUGGACUAGUUGAUUCUACUCCGCAAAAGAAGCAGUCCGGCCCUCAGCAGCCUCAAGAAUCUCGACUAGAACAACAGCCUGUUCCUAUAGUCCCUGAAGACGUGUCUGUGAAUAUUCUGGAACCAGAUUUGAUCAAUGGUAUUGGGGCGCCAGAGAAUCCUGAUACUGAUGAUUCUUACGAAAGUCCUAUGAAAAGGCCUCGAUACGCUUAA